CGGCCAUCCUGUAUUUACUGAGCUCCACCUACCUGCCAGACACUUUGGGACACUGGUUUAUGAGAGACUGUGGCUUUGUGCUCAAGUAGUUGACAGCUUAGUGGAGGAAACCGACCAUAAAUAAGUUUACAAACAAACACGGUUAUCUAAGAUGGUAGUAAGUGCUUUAAAGAAAAUUAAGCAGAACAAAGUGAUGGAACAAAGCGAGGGGUAAAUUGUAUGAAGAGCUGCUGAAGAGUAUUAGGAGCAGAAGGACUUCAUGGGAACAAACUGAGCUGGGUUAAGGAAAAGGCAAAGGGCCACUGUGAGUGGAGCGAAAAGAGGAAGAUGAGACCAGGAACUUAAACUGGCCAAAUUUUGUAGGGUCUGUGAGCCAAGAUAAGAAUUUUGACUUUUAUUUGAAAAGCAAUGGAAAGGCAUUUGAAGGCUUCUGUGCUGAAGAUUAAUAUGCUGUGCUUUAUGACUUUAGAUUACCCCUGACCCCUCAUCAGAAAGAUGUACCUCUUCAGUUGCUCUUGGGCAGUGAUAAUACCUGAAACCCAAACUGACAGCCAGGAAAACGUUAGAGGCACCCUCAUUGUACAGAUUUACAGGUUGGUCUCUACUCAUAUCUGUUAAUCUUGAAGACUCCAGAAUAUACCUGGAUCUGCCUUUUUUUUUGGAAAAUUCCAGUACCAAGCAAUCAGUGACCCACUGUGCUCUUGUUAUGAUAUAGAAGCUAUUGAGUUCUCCAAAUAUAAACAAGAUUUUCUCCCAUUUUCCCAUGAAGCCACUUCGUUGUUUAUCCACUUUAGUGGUGAGUGUUAUUGUGCCAGCUGCUUUUGCUUUGGAAGAUGUAGACUUCAACCAAAUGAUCCCACUGGGAACAAAUCACAGCUCUUCCAAUGCAUCAUUUCUUCCAAGUUUUGAACUCUCAUCGGAUUCCCACUCUGGUGAUGAUGUCAUCAUAGCCAGAGAAGGAACUAGUGUUUCAAUCAAGUGUCUCCUCACAGUCGACCGCUAUGAACAGGUCUCUUGGUACAACUCAAAAGGACAGCAGCUGGAUGACAGAGACAGAGGUGGAAAAUGGUUGGUUUCUGAUAACUUCCUGAAUAUCACCAACGUAGCCUUUGCCGACCGUGGGCUCUAUACGUGUUAUAUCACCUCUCCAACCCGUGCCUCCUACUCGGUCACCCUGCGUGUCAUCUUCACCUCGGGAGACAUGAGUGUCUACUAUAUGGUGGUUUGCCUGAUUGCCUUUACAAUCACUCUCAUCUUGAAUGUGACACGGUUGUGCAUGAUGAGCAGCCAUCUUCGUAAAACUGAGAAAGCCAUCAAUGAAUUCUUCCGAACUGAAGGGGCAGAGAAACUUCAGAAGGCCUUUGAGAUUGCAAAACGCAUCCCCAUCAUCACCUCGGCCAAGACUCUGGAACUCGCCAAAGUCACGCAAUUUAAAACCAUGGAGUUUGCUCGUUAUAUCGAAGAACUGGCAAGAAGCGUCCCUCUGCCACCCCUUAUUCUAAACUGCCGGGCCUUUGUAGAGGAGAUGUUUGAGGCUGUGCGAGUGGAUGACCCUGAUGAGAUGGGAGAGAGAAUUAAAGACAGACCUGCCUUGAAUGCUCAAGAUGGCAUCUUUGUCAUUAACCCAGGGAUGGGCCGGAGUAAUUCACCAGGAGGAGAUUCAGAUGAUGGUUCCCUGAGUGAACAAGGCCAGGAGAUAGCAGUUCAAGUUUCCGUCCACCCUCAGUCAGAGACGAAAAGUAUUGGUACUGAUUCUCAAGACAGCAGUCAUUUCAGCCCGCCUGAUGAUGCAGGAUCUACCGAAUCGAACUCUAACUACAAAGAUGGGUCAUAUGAAAGCUGCCAGCUGUGAGCUACCCUCAUACCUACAAAAACAGCUUGCAGAAAAAAAACAUGUUUCAUGCAGAAAAUAACAUUUUUACCAAAAAAUAAGUAGGAUUUCCCCCCUCAUUAAUAUUAAGCCUAUCAGAACAUGAAUUAUUACCAAAAUCUUUCUUAAAAUCCAGCAUUUUUCCUAUCUGAUCUUUCUCAGUCAUUUUCCCCAAGCUUUAUUAAAUGAUACACAUUAAGAUUUAAAGGGGUCUGAGAGAUCAGUGUAACAGGGAAAGUACCACACCCAAAAUUACGUGACUUUUCUAGUCAUGGUUCUUUCAUUGUUUAAAGCUAACACUUCUGUUGAAGCCUCAGUUUUCCCACCAGUAAGAUGAGAGAUUUGCACUAGAUGAUAUCUGAAGUCCUUUCUAGCCCUCUGACUUCUUACCUGCCACCUUUAAACUAUAAGAAUCUUCAGCUCAUUUCUUAAUAAACCCUUCCCUAGACUUUGAGUCCCUUUUUACAGAAAGGACUGAGCUAAGAUUUUAUUCUGUGAUUUGGAUUCCCGCACCAAUGCUAUGCAUAGAGGUGUGGGUGUUUUUCGGAUGUCUUGCUGGUGGAGCAUACAAUUGUAUAUGCUCGAUUGAAUCUUUCCCGUAUCGCCCUUGAAUAUAUUGCUAUACAGAUAUCAGAGACAUAACUGCUCGUGAGUAAGCUACUUUUCAUGAGUAAGUUGGUCCUUGUGAGGGUAUAGCAGUCUUUUUAACGUACUGAGUCAUCAUUUAGCUCACUGAGCUGGCAGUGAUUUCUCAGCUGAUCUUCCAAAGUGAAAAAUUUGUUCCUAAAGAAUAAUGUCUUCAUUGUUUUUAGAAUAAGAAGCAGUGUCAAAUCAUCUGUCUCUGGUAAAUUAUGGAUUUUUACAUUUCUGUUAAUAGAAUUUCUCAGGCUUUCCCUUUUUAAAAGUACUGGACUCUUAAGAGACAGUUCUGUGUUUGGGAGCUCAUUCCAGAGGAAAACCCACAGCUGAAUUCCUCUUUGGACCUCUGUCAACACUCUUUACUCUAUCGUCUUAAAUACGGUGCUAAAGGU